ACACUAGUCCCAAGUUCCCAACCCUUGGGGACCUACCCGAACCCUCGACCACGAAAAGAAACAGAAAACCCAAGCUCCCGGGAAAGUCUCACUCCUCCUUGUGAAGAGCAGGCGCAUCGCAUACUGGCCCGGGUAACCGACCACUUUUCUCAGAGGAUCAGAGAAGGAUACCGGUAAGGUAUCCGUAGUUCCAGCAGAAAAGAAAGCUCUGACGCUGCCGCCUUCUUCUCCAUAUGCUCGGUACCCUUCCGUCUUUGCCACCCGCUACUUCUCUUAGCCGUUGCUACCUACCCAAAGCGCAACUGCCACUGGUUCAGCCUCUCCCAGGGAAAGAAAAGAGAGAGACACACACUCCCUACUCGAUCACUGCCCUCGACAACCUACUGAAGAUCGACGCUACCGCUUCCGUUUGUGGUUUUCGUCCGUUCUGUCCCCUUCCAAGGUCCUUCUACUUUAUCUUGCGUUACGCCUUGAAUUCGCCGAGGAGGCCUCGAGGAGGAGCAGCAGACAAGCAAGUCUUCUAGGACUACUGGCUACCUACACCUCUGUCUCUGCUCCUGUCUACUAUACUAUCGGUACACUUUGACUCUCGACUAUCAACCGCAUCACCUCGGAACCUGUGUCACCCCAAGCAUUCAUUUUCCUACUAUUCACCUAUCUGGACGAGGGGUCCUUGGUUCCUGUACAAGUACACCCUCUACGCCACGCCCCUAUUUCGUAUUCCCGCACGUUGCCCAGAAGCCACCAGCCGCACCUCUCCGUCACGGGAGGCUUGACAAACAAACGGCGCCGCCCUGACGCCCGUGACGAUGACCUCACCAGCCGCAACCUCGGCCGAAGAUGCACAACGUCCCUUGGCCGAGUCUAUCGCCGCCGCGACCCGAUCUGUCCAUGCAAAGCUUAACAAGAUUAUCAUUGCCCGCCUACCCUUGGCGAUCCCGCCCCGCGCGGCAGAUCCAUCACUCUACGCCUCCGGCCUUCUUCACAUCACGCCCAUUUACGACACCUUUGAGUCACUAUGGAAGACCAUCGCGGAAUCACCCCAACUUUCUACACCUGGCGAUGCCGGUGACGACUGUAAAUCAAGCCAAGCUGAGCUUACACCGGUGUUGAACGUUGACUCAAACCCCCGACACCAACCUGCUCUAUGCGAGCGAACUCGCUCGAUACUAACGUCGCUGUACCUACCUGGACUCAUGCGUUCUGAUCGUCUGCGAGCCGACAUUGGUUCCAUCACCGGAUGGUCACCCGAUGUUGUAAACGAGCAAUUGUCAGCGAUCUCUCAGUCAGGGCGCCUUGCCGAGUUCACAGGGCACGUCAGGCGCACCAUCGAGAAGAAGCCUCAUGUCCUAAUGGCGUACUCGUACAUCUUGUUCAUGGCCCUCUUUGCUGGCGGACGUUUCAUCAGAGCCACCCUCGAGUCUGCGGGUUCAGAAUUCUGGGAGCAGACGCCGUCGCCCAUUCCACCCUCAGAGAUACCCUGUCAAGAACGUACACCAUCAUCAGACACGGCUAUUCAUACUACAACACCAGUCGACAUGGCACGGGGUGAUGACCGCGGGAAGAUCCAAGUAGGCGCAAGACACAUGCGUCAUUCUCUACCCCUGAGCUUCUUCCACUUUGCGACGCCACUGGACGGCGAGGACCUCAAAAAAGAGUUUAAGAAACGGCUAACAGAAUCCGAGCAUCUCCUGACACCCCGCGAGAGGCAUGACAUCAUCCAAGAGGCCGUCUGUAUCUUUGACAAUAUGCUACUCCUCGUUGGCCAGCUGGACAGUGUAUGCGACACAGAUUUGGAACAUGGUCCUUCCGUCUUGGAAUCAUGGGCAUCAUUGGCACCGGGCGGCCGUCUACGCGACAGUGUAGCCAUUGCCCGAGACAGGAAGAGGGAAAAGACGGCCUCGAAGAGUUCCGAGGACAGCGAGAAAUCUGAUUCGUGGCUCUCCAGGCACACGAGGCAGAAGGCAUGUGAGACUCUGGAGUCUCACGCAUUGAGUAACUUGGAGAAACAGCCCCCGGCAUGCUGUCCGGCCUCCAAGUCUAUGAGGUUCGAGCCGAAGCUUGCGGUGCCAAACAGAAAGGAAAAGGACCAGACGUUCUCGACAGACGGCGCAGCUAACGCAGCGACAUUUGCAGGAGGCGCGAUGUCUAGGCAGGGGCAGCUAUCACGCUCUGCCACGUCCUUGAUAUCUAACAUCAUCAUCGUGGCAGGCUUAGCUGCGAUUGUCAGUAUUUUCUUUCUAGCAAAGAGGACGGGAGCAAAGGGACUGUAGUAGAAGGGGCGGGAAAGAAGGCAUUGUGGCAGCAUAGCAUGACGACCUCGGCGUUUCGGAGCGUUUUCAACUCAGGAUACCUACUGCAUGGGAUAGAUACACGAUACCCCCCUAUUGCAUUUUCAAGGUGUUUUGGCCUUUUGUUUUUCCUACGACAUGGC